UCACAUUAUUACCUAACCAAUACUGGAAAAAAGGCUCUUAUUGCGGUCUGUAUUAUCUUUAUUCUUUACACAGGCGUCCGAUUGGUGAAUUGAUUCAAUGGCAGAGAAGUCGUUCAAGUAUGUGAUCGUUGGUGGUGGCGUCGCUGCCGGAUAUGCCGCCAGGGAAUUUGCCAAGCAGGGAGUUAAGCCAGGUGAACUGGCCGUCAUUUCCAAAGAGGCGGUGGCUCCUUAUGAACGUCCAGCACUUAGCAAGGCAUACUUGUUUCCCGAGGGAACUGCUAGACUUCCAGGUUUCCAUGUGUGCGUUGGAAGUGGAGGAGAGCGGCUCCUUCCUGAGUGGUACGCAGAGAAAGGGAUUUCUUUGAUACUUAGCACGGAAAUAGUCAAAGCAGAUCUUUCUUCAAAGACACUUGCCAGUGCAGCGGGCGAAACAUUUAAAUACCAGAUUCUGAUCAUAGCAACUGGUUCUACUGUUAUCAAAUUGUCUGAUUUUGGAGUACAAGGGGCUGAUGCCAAAAACAUCUUUUAUUUGAGAGAAAUUGAUGAUGCUGAUAAACUUGUAGAAGCAAUCAAGGCAAAGAAAAACGGAAAGGCUGUUGUGGUUGGUGGAGGAUACAUUGGUCUUGAGCUCAGUGCAGCCCUGAGAGUCAAUAACAUUGAUGCGACUAUGGUUUACCCUGAACCUUGGUGCAUGCCUAGGCUUUUCACAGCUGGCAUAGCUGCCUUCUAUGAAGGUUAUUAUGCAAAUAAGGGAGUCAAAAUCAUCAAAGGGACUGUAGCUGUUGGGUUUGGCACUAAUGAAAAUGGAGAAGUUACGGAUGUAAAACUUAAGGAUGGGAGGGUGCUGGAAGCAGACAUCGUGGUUGUUGGUGUAGGGGGAAAGCCUCUUGCAACCCUAUUUAAAGGUCAGGUUGAAGAGGAAAAAGGUGGAAUCAAGACUGAUGCUUUCUUCAAAACAAGCGUUCCUGAUGUAUAUGCUGUAGGCGAUGUUGCCACUUUCCCUUUGAAAUUGUAUGGUGAGCUGAGAAGAGUAGAACAUGUUGAUCAUGCUCGCAAAUCUGCAGAACAGGCUGUCAAGGCAAUCUUUGCAAGUGAACAAGGAAAGUCAGUUGAUGAAUAUGACUACCUUCCGUUCUUCUAUUCCCGUGCCUUCGAUCUGUCAUGGCAGUUCUAUGGCGACAAUGUAGGCGAGACUGUCCUCUUUGGGGACAGCAGCCCUACAUCUACAACCCACAAAUUCGGAUCAUACUGGAUCAAAGACGGGAAGGUUGUGGGUGCAUUUUUGGAAAGUGGUACUCCAGAAGAAAACAAGGCAAUUGCAAAAGUUGCUAGGGUUCAGCCCCUCGCACAGAACUUGGAUCAACUAGCUACAGAAGGUCUCAAUUUUGCCUCUAAAAUUUAAGUAUCUUUUUUGAAUAGUAAAAGGUCAGUCCACUGGAGGUCGAACAUUCUGGAAUUGGUUUUCAGUAUUUACCCUGAACUUAUGUCCGGGUAAAAUUAAUGAAUUUUUUGGUGGACUGUAGACUGUGUGUGUGUGUGUGAAUUUCAUGUUUUAUUUACCUUAACUGGGAGGAUGUCUGCAAACUAUCUUGUGCCAGGACAAGACCUGUUAUGUUUCUUGGGAAAUAAAGUUAUACUUUUAGAUGAUUUCUA